AUGGACGCCGUAUGCGACACCCUGCUGCUGGAGGAGAUCCUCCCGCGCCUGGCUCCCAAGAACCUCCUCCGCCUCGUGCCGCUACAACGGCCUCGUCCGCAACCCCGACUUCCGCGUCCGGUGCUGGUGGCGCGCUGGCGUCUUCUUGGACCUUGUCCGAGACACAAACGACAACGGGUUUCUUCCGCGCUUCCUCACCGGCCCCUCUUCAAGCCAUGCGUCGGAGCUCAAGCUCGGCGACAUGAACCUCGCCUUGUUUCCCAGUUCCAACGCGCGUACUACCGAGGAGGCCUCCCUCUCCUCAUGGCGCACUCGACGCGCGUACUACCGAGGAGGCCCACCUCGCAAAGCGCGCAUUACUACGUGUGCAACCCGGUGACGUGGCAGCGCGCGGUUCUCCCGGAGCUGCGGUCCCUCUGCUUCGACCCGCAGUGCGUGCUCCUAACGGUGGCUGGCACGCGAUCCCAGUUCCAGGUGGUGGUCAUCGAGCAAUGGCAGAUGGAAGACAUGGACCUUCGCCUGAAAGUCUUCUCUUCAGGCACCAGCCAGUGGGAGAGCAGAAGGAUCUCGCUGUUCGAGUCUUCCCUUCCCUUCGAGCACGACUUCCGGCCGCGGCCGGUGCUGGGCCAGAGCGGCGCCGCCUACUGCCUGCAGCCGCGGGACGACAUGGCCAUAGCGUACCACAGCGAUGGCGACUCCUUCCAAGUCAUCGCGCUGCCUCGCCAUCUCGCCAGCCGCAAACGGGACCGGGUGAUAGGGGAGCGCCAUGGCGGAGGCGGCCUCCGGUUCACGGAGGCGCACGCGUCGGUGCUGGAGGUGUGGGAGUGGGUGUGUGAUUCACAGUCAUCGUAG